AUGGUUGACAGGAAGAGAACGCACUAUGAUUCAAGUGCAAGCUACGGCCCACCUCCGAAGAAGCCUAAUAAUACGAGUGAAAGUUUGCAAAAUGAGCAGGGGGCGAGUUCAGGUGGUUUAAGCGAUUAUCGGGCUUACACCAGUAUUAAUAUUUCCGAACCGGAAUGGCUCGAGAAAUAUCCCAAGGACGCGUUAUUUAGCGCAAUGAGGGAAUACAAAGGUCAAGCGAUAAAAUAUCUAGAUUUAAAUAAAGAGCUUCUUGAAAAAGAUGAGGAGUAUAAGAAAAAGUUGAUCUUAGUAUACCAACUCUUGGAAUAUUUGCGGAAGUUUCUCAUUCGAUUUUAUGAUGAAAUUAACCCGGGUAAUGGAAUAAGUUCUACGGAUGUUCACUUUAACGGUCCUUAUUUGAAUCGGACGGAUGAUACUUUACGCGAGAAUGAAUCUUUGGAGUCCACAAGGCGAAUUGUCUCCGCAAUUGUAGAUAAGAUGACCAAUUGGUUCCGCGAACGUGAUGAAUUCUUGAAAGAUAUGAAAAAUGAUGAUAAUGAUUCCUGCCUGGCCGAAAUAUACUAUAAGGAGAUAGAAAAGUUUGAUAAUAUGUAUUCAGAAAUAAUUGAAAAGAUCGAAUCACACGAAAAUAGAUUUGCCGAGGUUCAUUCUCUUAUACGUGAAUUAGAAAUUACCAGAGCCAGUCUCGAACUGACUUCUCGAAAUCUUGAAAACACUCAAGACAAACUGGAGCAACUGGAAAAGAAUGUGGACAGAUCUAACAUUUUUGUGAUAGAUCCAUUUUUGCAUCUUGGAAGGAAAUCUGAUAACAAAUCGGGCAAUUCUGCGAGCAAGUCAAUGUCAGAGAAAUUGGAGUUGAUAGAAUUAAGAGCAAUAGCCGAAUCUCGAGUAAAAGAACUCAAUGAUACUCAGGCCGAAAAAGUCGAAUUGAGGAGAAAGAUUCACGACCUUCAAGAAAAAAUAAGGUGUCUUCCAGAAGAACGAAUUAAAGAAUCAGAAUUGUUCAGAACCCUUCAACUCGAGCUCGAUGCUAUCAACGAUUCAUAUGCACAUUUAUAUGCUCUUUUUGAAAUGAAGACUCGGGAAGCACAAACCCUGACGGCGUCAAGGGAUAAGUCAGAAAUGAAGCGGAUGGAUCAGGAAUUUCAAGAAGUCAAGAAAGAGUAUCACAAUGAUUUGGAGCGUAUUCGUGCAAAGAGAAAUGAAUUGGUUAAAGAAGUGGAAUCUCUUCGAACAAUGAUACCCCAGGAAUUUCAAAAGAUUUCGUCAAUAAGGAUGCUUGCCAAUGAUAGAAUGGAAAUUAUACAUAAUUUGAAAGAAGAAGUGCGCAGGCUAUAUACUAGAAUUGCGGAGAUUGAGAAUAAUAAGAAUCGCAAGAGUCUUCAUCUUGGAGAAUUUCAAGAUAAUGAUUUGGCUAAAAAAGCUGAAAAUGUCUCUACCGAGAACCAAAUAAAACUCGAUCAAAAAAAACUAAAAACAGCUUAUGAUUUACAGUAUGAAAAAACACAAUCUUCCGAGAUUGAAAUGUUGUUUUCACAACAGAAGAGAAGAGAUGAUGAUACUCAUAUUUCUGUAUUUGAUACUCAAGACCAGAGAAUCGAACCUUUGAAACAAUCGCUCAUAAAAUUCCAGCAAAAGCUCACUGAAAAAACAGAUGAAAAUUUAAAAAUUCAAAAUGAAAUAACUUCUAUGAAUAUUGUUGUAUCGCAACAACAUGAGCAACUUGGCACACAGAAGAAUGAAUUAAAUUCAACAAAGUCUCAACUAGUAGGUGGACAAAAGUUGGUGCAUAUUGAUAAUGAAAUUAAAGUAGAACAAAAAAUUUCGGAAAUGUUGCGCAAUGACAGAGAUGCAAACAUCAAAGAAUAUAGUCAAGAGUUGCGCCGACGUGACGAAGAGAAAAGAGUAGCGGAAAAGAAGUUGAGGCAAAUAAAAGAUCAACUGGAGGUAGCAACUAAGGAAGCUGAAGAACUUCGAUCGUCUGCGGUAUCAUCCGACGCACAAAAAUUACUUGAAGCAUACGAGAUCAUUGCGUUUUUAUCUGCAUGCAUGCAUUUUGCAAGCAGUGUUUGGACAAACAAGUCGAGAGUCGAAACCGUAAAUGUGCUAAGUGUGGGCAGCAAUUCAGCAAGACGGAUAUAA